AUGGCUAGUGAGGAUAGUUUUCUAGUGCUAGUACACCACAGAGGAUCGAUUAAGAGAAAAACUCGGUCUGGGGUGAAGUUCACGGAUAAGGAUCCUCUAUGUAUUAUCAUGAGCCCCGCGACCAGUUACGAUGGUCUCAUGAGCUCUGUGCUUGGCAAACUUGGUCUGGAAGGAGUGAAGAGAGUUAAGAAAUUUUUCUAUCGCAUUCCAAUCACGGUGCUCCACGAUACGGUGAAGUAUGAUUGUUUCACGAUCGGGAGUGAUGAGGACUUGCAGGUCAUGUUUCUUUCUCGUAGGCAGUUUCCGGAGGUGAGGACACCGGAGCUGUUGGCUAAGUUCGUCAACGUGGUAUCUAGCUCUGGUGGGUCGAACCGGAACGCCAACACUAUAGCAACGGCGGCCGGUUCGAGCUCGAGACCUGCGGUUGCUUCUUCCUCCGUUCCAGUGUAUGAGGCAGCGGUCCAGCAUGCCGCCUCCCCAUCGUUUGCUGUUGAUCUCGCCGGCAAUGUUGGAGACGAGGUUGGAUAUGAUGAACAUCAUCCGACUGAAGUACAGUGUCCUCCUCCAGCUGGUGUUGGCGAGGGAUCGUGUGAUGAUCCAGAUGAUGAUGAAGUCGAGCCAGAUAUUAUCGCUGAUGAAAGUGGCGAUGAUGUUGGAGCGAGUGAUCCGAUAAGGCCUACUGGUGGUUCUAGUUCUGGCACAAAUCAGUACCCACCCCAUUUUUCAUCUUUGGAUCUGGAUGCCAUGAGGCAGGACGGACAUCUUGGGCAGCUAGCUGGAUUUGGCGCUAGAGAUACCGACGGGUCUGCCGGUAUAACAGAGUUCCAGGUUGGUCAACAAUUCCAGGAUAAAGAUGAGGCGCUGUUGAGUGUCAAGACGUAUAGCAUCCGCCGAGGGGUACAGUACAAGGUGGUUGAGUCUGACUAUCGCCGGUACGUGAAAAAGUGUUCUGAGUUUGGGAAUGGGUGCACAUGGUUGAUUAGGCUGAGCCUCCGACAGCGCAAGGGCAUCUGGGAAGUGAAGCGGUACAAUGGGCCACAUACCUGUCUCGCCACCUCCAUCUCCAGCGACCAUAGGAGCUUGGACUACCACGUGAUAGCGACAUUCAUCAUGCCAAUGGUUAGGGCUGACGCAUCCGUCAACAUCAAGGUGCUUCUAAAUGCAACGGCGGCACACUUUGGCUUCAGGCCUACAUACCGGAGGGUGUGGAUGGCCAAGCAGAAGGCAGUAGCAAUCAUCUACGGAGACUGGGAUGAGUCGUACAACGAGCUCCCUUGGUGGGUCUUAGGAGUUCAGUUGACUAUGCCUGGCACUGUAGCAGUCCUCAAGACCUGCCCGGUUCGAGUUGGUGGACAGUAUGGGGGAACGUUGCUCGUGGCGAUUGCACAGGAUGGGAAUUCCAACAUACUUCCUGUGGCAUUCGCACUAGUUGAGGGUGAGAAUGCUGAGUCAUGGUCCUUCUUUCUCUCCCACCUCCGUCAGCACGUGACACCUCAACCAAGUCUGUUAGUUAUUUCAGAUAGGCAUAACGGCAUCAAGGCAGCACUUGAAGCACCUGAUGGGGGAUGGCUACCUCCGUCUGCAUACCGGGCAUUCUGCAUUCGACACGUUGCAGCGAAUUUCGCCCUCAUCUUCAAGGGUAAAGAUGCCCGGAGGCUUCUUGUCAACGCUGCAUAUGUGAAGACCGAGGUGGAGUUUGACUACUGA